AUGGAGUCUUUCAUGGAUGGUCUUGCUGGGAAGCGCGUUGUUCUGGCUGGCUGUGGAGGGGGAUGUGACGUGCUUGGGACUUCCGCGAUCUACCAGCAGAUCAAGGACACGGCCCGUCAGGUGGCUUUCUUCAGCCUCUCCUUUACGAAGGAUGGGCUGCUAUCUAAAACCUGCCAACAGGUUUCACGAAAGUGUUGGCGGGUUGAGCCGUCCAACACGGCCAUUGCAGAGGAUCCGGAUGAGCAGGUCUACUUCCCAGAAGCGCGGAUGGCCAAGGCUACCGGAAUUCAUAUCUACACCCUGUCCCAUUAUGCUACAAUUGCUCAGUACACCGAGGGGUACCGGGCCGCCUUGAAGCUGGAGUUUGGUGAUGAGGCCUGCGAUGUGCUGAUCCUCUGUGAUGGCGGCUGCGACGUGCUGCUCACCGGUGCCGAGAGUGGCCUAGCAACGCCUGUCGAAGACAUGUCGCACCUCAAGGCCGUCCUCCCGCUCAAGAUUUCCGAGAAGUACGUGGCAGCUUUGGGUGUCAACAUUGACUGUGGGCAUGGAGUCAUCCAGGCUGAGCUUGACAAGCGCCUCGCUGACAUGGAGCGGUCCGGGACGAUGAUCUUCAGCAAGCCCUUGACUAUUCAGGACGCACCCGCGGCCUAUUUCGCCGACCUCCUGAGCCACUGUUGUCCGACUCGGAGCAUCGUCCAGAGCCUUGUGGUGGCAGCUAUGGAAGGGCAUAGGGGCCUCUAUACGCCGGAGCAUUUGAAGAAGCGAAUAGGGGCGAACAAGGUGCCUCUCAGCGAGCAGACGGCCACCCUCUUCAUGUUUCAACUGGAAAAGCUGGCAUCUGAGAUUCUCUAUCUCGAUCACUUAAAGCCAGAGCACAACUUCAUUCACAUCGCGGCCGUCAUCAGCGACUUCGAAGAUGCGAGAUCAGCGGCCAACAGAAGACGCACGUGUGGCACGAGCAGUCUGAAACGCUCCUGGUACAGUUGGAGUGGCUGCUGCAGCGGCCGUUUAGGGUGCAUUUGA